AUGGCAUCAACCAGCACACAAUCUCACACAUCUCGACGAUCACGAGAGUCAGACCGGAUCGGUGCCUUCAAUCGCCAGGAAGAGAUCGGCCGUGGCAGCUUCGCUACGGUCUACAAAGCCAUUCAUACUAGUCCAGCCAAUGGCCAAACGAUCGUGGCAAUCAAGUCGGUCAACUUGACGAAGCUGAACCAGAAGCUGCGAGAGAACCUCACCUCCGAGAUAACAAUUCUGAAAGGCCUGCAUCAUCCCCACAUCGUCGCCCUCAUCGACUGCAAAGAGACGAGCUCACACAUUCACCUUAUCAUGGAGUAUGUCGCUCUCGGAGACCUAUCACAUUUCAUCAAGCAGCGGGACACCAUCAAGCAUAGCGAGCUCGUUGGAAACAUGAUGAGAAAGUACCCCAACCCGCCGGUCGGUGGUCUGCACGAAGUUGUAUCCCGGCACUUCCUGCAGCAACUCGCAAGCGCGCUGCGAUUUCUGCGAGCCAAAGAUCUGAUACACCGAGAUGUCAAGCCGCAGAACCUGCUCCUGAAUCCGUCACCGGACUACUUCAAAAAGCACAAGCCUAAUCCCAUGCCAUACUGCGCAAGCGACACUGCCCUCACGCCUGUCUGCGGUAUUCGAUCCUUACCCAUGCUCAAGAUUGCCGAUUUUGGCUUCGCUCGAGCGCUACCUCCUACUUCCCUGGCUGAGACUCUCUGCGGCUCGCCUCUCUACAUGGCGCCCGAGAUCCUGCGCUACGAGAAAUACGAUGCCAAAGCCGAUCUAUGGUCCGUUGGUACAGUCCUCUUCGAGAUGGUCACUGCGAGACCGCCCUUCCGCGCAGCCAACCACGUCGAACUACUGCGACGCAUCGAGAAGGGCGAGGACCGAAUCAAGUUCCCUGACAACGUCGUCGUAUCUGAUGGCAUGAAGCGACUCAUACGAACCCUACUCAGACGCGAUCCUCGAGACCGCAUCUCUUUCCCCGAUUUCUUUGGCCAUGAAGUCGUUGUAAGCGACAUUCCAGGACUUGCACCUGAAGAUAUGCCUCAGCCCGAAGCCAUUUCAGAGCGCGGUUCUCUGGACCAGGAUCGUCGUCGUUCCAGCCGCACAGAACCAGCAGCUCUUCCCACUCGUCCUGGCGCACGGCCCGACCCCGAAAGCCCUUAUACUGAUCAUACUCGCGCCGUGUCAGAAGAGGUGGUCGGUCAACGUACACCUCCUCGCAGACCUUCACAUACUCCUCGACAGCCAAGCAUCUCUACUCGUCCCACUGUUGACCGUAAGCUCAGCCACGAGCGACCGGUCAGUCCUAACGAUGCGAGACCAAAAUUACCGUCACAUGCUACUGCACCUGGUCGCCAAGAAUUGCUACACAAUAAUCCUGCUCCAGCGUCUACAGCCAUGGCUCGUCAAAGCAGCGGCGGCGGUAGACCUCCAUCACUGUUGCGGAACGAAAUCACCGACGAAGAGCAGGCUCGUGUGCGACAAAAGCAAGAGGAGCAAGAGCUCACCGAACAAGAUAUUGCAUUUGAGCGAGACUAUGUUGUGGUGGAGAAGAAGCAGAUUGAGUUCAAUGCCUUUGCAGACGAGAUGGCCGCAAGUCCACGCAGCAAGCCGUCUGCGACCGCUACUUCCUUGUCCCCUAAAUCAGGCGCCAUUGUUCGACGAGCCACUACCCAAGGACAUCCCGCCUCUGUGACAGGAGCACAGACGAGCGCAUCUCGUGCCGUGCAAAUGGCGUCUGGACGACCUCUGCAUCAUCGACAGAACUCUCACGAGAGACACUAUGGUCGUAGUCCGAACUCGGCCACUUCCGCAAUCUCAAAAGCUCUAAACAUGGCGAGUGGCCGUCUCUUCGGAAUCGGAUUCUCACCACCCGUCAAUUUCAUGCGCGGUGGACGAUCUCCUCCCGGUGGCUACGCUCCGUUCCCAGCAUAUCCCGGUGCACAGAGCAGUCUCGUCGUCGUAGGCGAGAAGCUAAGACCCACUCCGCUCGACGAGGAUUCUAGAGCCAUCGCACUCGUCGAGGAAUUGGCCACCAGAAGCGACGUUGUUUACGGCUUCGCAGAGGUGAAAUACAAGCAGCUUACCCCUGCUACGCCCUCGUCCAAUCAGGCAGGGCUGGGACUGCGAGACGCCAAUGUCAGUGAAGAGCACGAGUCUUUCAACGACGAACUCACCAUUGAAGCACUCGUGAUCGUCUCAGAGGAAGCACUGGUGCUCUAUGUCAAAGCUCUGGCUCUUGUUGCACGCUCGUUACACCUGGCUGCGCAGUGGUGGUCACGCAAGCGAGAUUCUAACGUCGAUGUCGCAAGUGGCAAGAUUGCUCUUGCUGCGCAGCAGAGGAUGAACAAUGUUGUGCAGUGGGGCCGUGAACGAUUCAACGUGGUCCUGGAGAAGACUGAUCUCGUUCGACUCAAGCUUAUUGACAGCCAGAAGCGGUUGCCGGAGGAUCACCCGAGCCACCCAAGCAAUAUCUCAGCUGCGACUGCAUCUGGCGGCGCACUUGGAACUUCUGAUGAGCAAUUCAUCGUCAGCUCUGGCAUCACUGCUGAGCGGUUGAUGUACGAUCGUGCCUUGGAGAUGAGUCGUUCAGCUGCGAUCAACGAACUUACCGGUGAAGACCUUCCAGGCUGUGAGAUAUCUUACAUCACUGCAAUUCGAAUGCUGGAAGCCAUCUUGGAGAGCGACGACGAAGACCUGAAAGGCAAGGAUGUCGCUGGUGAACAGGAAAAGGAUGAUGACGUCCCCAUCAACGGCUUGGAAGCAGAGGAUAGGAAGACUGUGCGAGCUCUCGUGACAAGCAUUACGGGUCGCUUGACGGCGCUCCGACGGAAGCUUGAUGUCAUUUCGAAGCGUUCAUCAGCUCCAUCUAUUGGGUCACCAACGCGCGCUUCGCCACCUUUGUCGCAUCGCUCUAGUAAUCCUAGCGUCGGCGUUGUUUCCAAGACUUGA